UCCGCGCCGCUGGCAUGACGACGGUGUUGCUGGGAGCGCGCGCGGGACGGGAUGCGAGCAGAAUGAAAGUCAGCGGGGUGCGCGUGCAGACGGUUAUCCUGGCGUAGUUCGAGCAUUUCGAAAGAUGGAGCGCAGAGUCAGCAUCAGGCGCGUCACGUCGGCCGGUUACCGCUUACCGGAGCGCCCCAGCGUGGCCCCGGCCUCUCAGCCCUCAGUGUCCGUGAAGAGCGAGCCGCUGCCGCCGCCGCCCGAGCGGGACCCCGACACCUGGGACCCGGUGAAGCGGGAGCGGGUUUGGAGAGAGCUGGUGCGCGCGGAGAGACACGCGGUGAAAGAAUGGGAGAAGAACUGGAGCUUUCUGAAAGACUUUGAUCAGCUGGGUCAUCCCAAGACAGAGGCUCCUCUCCCCAGCUACAUCUCUCCGUACUCCGACACGCUCCCCAACACCAGCAACCACACGUUCGGUAGUCGCAUUUGCACCGAACUCGGUAAAGAGCUGAUGCGAAUGGAUAAGCUGCUGUUGCUAACGACAACACACCAAAAGACCAAACUGAGUCCCGAAAUGCAGCCCUGCUGACGAAGGGUCUCGAUCGGCCCAUGAGGUCUGAGCAAACAUACAGUUAGACAUUUCUUUAGUUGAGGUUUUGAAUGACGUUAUCAAAAAAAAAGCUUAAAUUUUAUAGCAGUUGGUAAAACCGUUGUGUUGGUGAAGAAGA